AUGGCUUCGCCAUUGCUUAUCUUGUUUUCCACUUCUGUAAUCGCGGGGUUUCUGGCCACACUGCUCCUGGUUGUAGCAGUGUCAGUGGACAACUGGGAGCACACAAGUUAUGACCUUCAUCUCUUGAGAAGUGUCAAUGCAUCCUGCAGAACCCAAGCUCAUAUUGAGUGCCAGGUCACGCAAAUCUCUGAUGACCCCUUGAUGAUCCGAUUUGAUGAGUUUGGCAACAACAACAGCAGAAACUACAGCAGCCUGUUGCUCUCAACUCACGGUGGCUUGUGGAGGGUGUGUCACGAUCUCACAGAUAAACUCAUCUCUGAACAUAUCAGUGCAGGCGGCAGUAAUUACAAUGGACAAAGGUGCUAUACCUACGUGACUGAUUACGAUGAGGAAUCAGAACAGCUAACAAAGGAAACAAAACAGAUAGCUCGACUUCAGAAUUCAGCUGCUUCCUGUUUCAUUGUUGUUCUCAUGGACCUUUGCUCGGCUGCAGUUGUGGGAAUUCUGGGACUGAUCCACAAGCAAGUGGCUUCCUGCAUGAUAGCUGGUGUUCUCUACCUCACGGCUGGUAGGUUUUUUAAAUCCUUAUUUGGUGUGUUUGGCCUAUCAAUGUUUCAUACAAAAGACUACUAUGAGAAAUAUAAAUGCUAUGCUAUCGAUGAAAUUCCUUCAAAAGUCUGCAGUUCUCGGACAGUGACCGUCGGCUACGCUGUUCCUUUAGCAUGGGCAGGGAUUGUGAUGUGUAUCUUAGCCUGCUUCAUCUGGCUCUUUGUGUCCAAGGUUCUCAGGGUGCUCAGGGCAAAGACCAUGUUGUAG